UACACCUGACAAUCAGUCCAGGGGUAGACAUUGUUGCUGUGAUGUUGACACAAUGUCUCAAGACAACAGUUACCACACCUCCAGGCUUGUGGUACGAGGAUGUCAUUACUGGUGUUGUUUUACUGUUUGUCUCCGUCUCUGUCUGUCUCUGUCUCUCUCUCUCUCUGCAAUAUUUUAAAUGUCUGUUGUCUUCUUGCAGAGAUAUUCAGUUCUGGGAGCUCACCUUCAAAAGCAGAUCCUUCCUCUACAAACAGGUGCGUAGGAUGACAGGGGCUCUGGUGGCAGUUGGCCAGGGACAGAUGUCUGUCUCUGGGGUGAAGGAAUUACUGGAGGCCCAGGACUCUCAGGCCUACCCACACAAGCUCACAUCACCCCCAGAAGGACUCUUCCUCACCAGGGUGGAGUACGACCGGUCAGACCUGCAGCUUUACACUCAGGAGGAUUCACAGAGUUGAUUGUGGUUCUAAUGACCUAGGCCCAAUCCCAAAUGGACCCCUAGACGUUAUGUCCUACGCAUUUGUGGAGAUCUCAGAAGAUUUGAAAAGCAAUUUACUAAUACCUCCAAUUUGCCCCUCUGAUAGGCUAGGUCAGGGGUGUCAAACUAAUACCAUGGAGGAUCUAGUGUCUGCAGGUUUUAGUUUUCUAACACCUAGAUACCCAGGUGAGGGGAGGUCUUUACUGAGACCUAGACAACCAGGUGAGGGGAGUUCCUUACUGAGACCUAGACAACCAGGUGAGGGGAGUUCCUUACUGA